AGCUUAAACAAGAUCAGUAGUAUGCAAGGUGAGGCAGAGGGGCAACUAUAGAGUUUGGGCUUGAAAAUGUUGAAUUUAAGCAGGAGAUGUUCACUCAGCAGUUAGAAUAAUCAUAACCAAUCCCCUCUUCUUUUUGGAAGGUACUUACCUGAAAAUAUAUACAGUUUGUAUUACUGCGAGUCUCUCUUGGUUAAAAUAUCAAUUCUGCCAGUUCAGUGAUCAUUAUUAGUUAGAAAGCAGCCAAUGUGUGCUUAAUGAAUGACCCAGAGAUGCCUAGCAGAUGGUAAGAGCUGAUGUAAAAAUCACUUUUUCAUAUUAUACAAAUACUAUAUAUUCAUUGUCAAAUGAUUGCAGGAAGUUAAGAAACGUGUCUCUCUUCAUGAGGUGGUAAACCAUCCAGACUGUUGGAAUGAAUUUAGCGAUACAUUUUUAAAUGUACAUUAAUUCGGCAAAUCAUCUAUUUUAUCUUAGUAAUUUACAAAUGUCUUACUCAAAGCAAAAACCUUCUACGUCUUCUGACCCACGAGCCUCGCUUUCAGUGCCAGUUGCCUCGUGAUGGCUUGGCAGGACCACCUCCCACCCUCCGCCUUGGCAGUGGGAGCAGCAUUGCUCCCGGGGAGCUUGUCGGGUAUCUCUGCUGGUCGCCCGGCAGCUCCAGGUGGAGGUGUGGCCACGUCCACACAAGAACCCAGAGGCUCCUGAAAAGCCAAGGUUUGCCCGAGGUAGAGAACUCCAAGUAAACUUUAGAUCGAGAGUAGGAAGAAAACAAGCAGACUCUGUCCUGCCAGCAUUUGUGCAAGCAAAGCAAAGGAGAGUGGAAAUUUCUGGAGGAAAGAAAUUCAUUUAUCUCUUGUAGGAAAGGAGGCAUCCACUUGACAGAGAAGUCAGUCUCUUUUUCUUUUUUUAAAGAUUUAUUGAUUGAUUUGAGAGCGAGAACAGAGGGGAGGGGCAGAGGGAGAAGGAGAGAAAGCCUUAAGCAGACUCCGCACUGAGUGUAGAGCCCAAUGCAGGGCUCAAUCUCAUGAGAUCAGGACUUGAGCCAAAACCAAGAGUCAGACAAUUAAACGACUGCUCCACCAGGGUGCCCUGAAGUCAGUCUCUUGUACAGGUCUUUCCAUCUCCAGGGUGGCCGCUAAAGUGUGAUUGUGUCAAAGGAUUUGAGAUCUUUUUUUUUAAUUUUUUUUUUUUUUUUUUUAGAUUUUAUUUAUUUAUUUGACAGAGAGGGACACAGCGGAGAGGGAACACCAGGAGGGGGAGUGGGAGAGGGAGAAGCAGGCUUCCCGCGGAGCAGGGAGCCCGACACGGGGCUCGAUCCCAGGACCCUGGGAUCAUGACCUGAGCCGAAGGCAGAUGCUUAACGACUGAGCCACCCAGGCGCCCCAGGAUUUGAGAUCUUAGUAACUGAGAGCCACUCUCAGCCUCACUGAGCCUCGGUGUCCUCCCCUGUAAAAUGGGAGAAUUACACUGAUUCUCAAGUUUGGCGCCAGGUGCAAUGAGGUGGCAUGUACAAAUGUUUUGUAAACUCCAAGUGCCUUAAACUUGCUAUCUGAAGCCUCCUGGUUAAAGUACAGUGUAUUUUGAUACUUUGUGGGGGGAAAGAAAUAGCUUUAGGCAGGCUUUCCCAAAAUAGCUCCCUGCUUCUUCCCACACCCUCAUCCCAACUUCCAACCCCUUAUCGCACUUCUCCUUCAUAACAGGUAUCACGACCUGAAAAUAGACGUGUUCAUUCCCUCUUCCCCUGGGAGGCAGCCAGCUCCAUGAGAGCAGGAUUCUGCUGCUCUGAUUCACCACUGUCUCUCCAAGUGCUCAAAGGCCCGAUGCAUAGGGGGUGCUUAAUAAAUAGUUGUUGAACGUGAAAAUGAAUGCAUAAUCCGAUUCUUCCAGGAGCAGGACAGCUGGUUCUCAAGCUCUGGUUUGCUGGUUUCAAGUGCAGGUUCCCUGUCCCAGUAUGGAGGGAUUCUGAUUGUGCGGGACUGGUGGGGGUUCCUGAAUUUGCUAUUUUUAACAAGUUCCUGGGGGUGGGGGUUGUGGCGUAGACACUAAGAAAGUCACUCUGAAUCAGAUAAACCUUGUUUGGACUCCAGCCUGUCACUUACUAGUUGUAUGAACUUGGGGAGGUUACCUAACUUCUCUGAGCCUGUUUUCUUAUCUCUUAGAUGAGAAUGACAACAUUCUCAGGGAGAUGUUAUGAGAAUUAAAUUAGGCACGGAUGUGAAGUUCUUGGCCCAAUGGCAGUUGUGCAGUUACUGCUGCUAUUACAUUUAUUUUUAUUAUUCUAUGGUUAUGCCCUAGUAAAACUGCCCUUUGCAGUUUCUCCCUGAAGGAUCACUCUUAGGAAUGUUCCUUUUUUUUUUUUUUUAAGAUUUAUUUAUUUAUUUAUUUGACAGAGAGAGAGCACAAGCGAGGGAGCGGCAGACAGAGGGAGAGGGAGAAGCAGGCUUCCCGCGGAGCAGGGAGCCCGAUGCGGGGCUCGAUCCCAGGGCCCUGGGACCAUGACCUGAGCCGAAGGCAGAUGCUCAACUGACUGAGCCACCCAGGUGCCUCAGGAAUGUUCUUAUAGUAGGAUCCCAACCAGCAGCACAGCAUCACCGGGGAGCUGGUUAGAGAUACAGAAUCUGCCCUACCCCAGACCUGCCGAAUCUGAUCUGCAUUGUAAUAAGAUCUCUAGGUGAUUUGUUUGCACAUUCAGGUUUGAAAAGCACUGUUCAAAAUCACGUAUGCUAUCGUUUUCUUCCGGUCUCUAAUUCCAGAGUCUGCUCAGGUUUGUAAGCUCUGGCAUCACGGAGUCUGAAUCCUUGACAGCUGCUUCUGAUCCUUCUGAGUGCAGAGGAGGAACCCUCAGCUCGCUCUGGGUACCCCUCCAGCUGAGGACGUUCGGAGAAGAGAUUCCCUCAGGGAGCCACAACUCUGAGAUGGAUCCAAACCCUGGCUUGCUUCCUCCUCUGUCCCGGGCUUGCUCCCACCUGGCAGAACCCUGUAUGGAAGGUGAGAGAAGCCCAGCCCCUCGAGAGAAGGGCAGAGACUCCCCCUUUGCCUGGAGCCUGGGCCCCAGCUCCAGCUUUGCCGACCCUGACUGGUUUUGGGAUGAGAACAUCCAAGCAAAGAGGGCCAGGGUGGAGACCAUCGUCCAAGGCAUGUGCCUCUCUCCUCACGCUCUGGCUCUGGUCCCGGGCAAUGCCCGAGCCAGGGAUGGUGCCUGUUGCCCAGAGAAGGCCCGGGAGCGGAAGAGGAAGCAGAGCCUUCCCAUGCAGCAAGGCCCCCUGAAGCCAGGCCCUGCCGGAGACCAUGGCAGCAGGAAAGGGGGCCCUCGGGUAAGGGAACAGCUCCAUCAGCUGAAGCAACAGCUAAGACAUUUACAAAAGCACAUCCUGCAGGCUGCUGAGCCCAGGGACACAGCCCAGGACCCAGGAGGCUCCGAGACGGACAAGGGCCCUCUGAGCGUAAAGCAGAGGAAGGGCUAUGGAUCUAGGCCCUGGGCUAUGGACAGUGACCAUUUCCAGGGUUCCCGUGGGGACCUCUCCGGGGAGGAAAAACACAGAGCGUCUGAGGCGGGCUACCAGUCUGAGGAGCCCAGGUUCCUUCCUUGUGGAGCGCGGGCUUUGCUGGAGAUUCUGAGGAAAGAAUUGACCGGGGCAGUGUCCCAAGCUGUGGACUCAGUAUUACAAAAGGUACUAUUGGAUCCAUCAGGCCACCUGACUCAGCUGGGCAGAAGCUUCCAGGGGCUUGUGCCAGAGGGGAGAAGUGAGCCCUCACCUCCUGAGAGAGGUGCCUGUAAAGAUCGAUUUCCUUUGGCCACCUUGCCCAGGAGGGCCCAGCCACAGACUGCGGUCCCCUUGCGAACCCUAUCACUGGCCAAGUCUCUGGAUCCUCCUAGGUACCCUGCCUCUCUGAGGAUGAUCCCCAGAUCCUAUCAGGGUCCCCCAGCAAACUGUCCUUUGACUGCGCCUUCCCACAUCCAGGAAAAUCAGAUUCUUAGCCAGCUACUGGGCCACGGACCCAGUGGUCACUGGAGCAUCACCCUUCCCCACGACUCCUCUUCCCAAAGUCACCCCUCCUCAGAGUCCGCUCUGCGACCAUGGGGAGCCGUCAAACUGCGACCAUCAGUCCUGAGCCAGCAGCAGCAUGCCUUGCCCUUCCCUCCCCGCCCUUUGGAAAGACUGCCCCUUCUCCCCUCAGUGAAGAUGGAACAGGGCGGUCUGCAGGCCGCCCCCGAUGUGCGACCUUUUCCUUCAGUCCACAUCCAGGAGGGCCUAAAUCCUGGUCACUUGAAGAAGGCCAAACUGAUGUUUUUCUUCACACGCUACCCCAGCUCCAACCUCCUGAAGGCUUACUUCCCCGAUGUCCAGUUCAACCGCUGCAUAACCUCCCAGAUGAUCAAGUGGUUCAGCAACUUUCGUGAAUUUUAUUACAUCCAAAUGGAGAAAUUUGCCCGGCAAGCGAUUUCAGAUGGUGUCACGAAUCCCAAGAUGCUGAUGGUACUCCGCGACUCAGAACUUUUCCGAGCUCUCAAUAUGCACUAUAACAAGGGAAAUGAUUUUGAGGUCCCUGACUGCUUCUUGGAAAUUGCCAGCUUGACGUUGCAGGAGUUCUUCAGGGCUGUCUCCGCGGGCAAAGACUCAGAUCCUUCCUGGAAGAAACCCAUUUAUAAAAUUAUUUCGAAACUGGACAGUGAUAUCCCAGAGAUAUUCAAAUCUUCCAGCUAUCCCCAGGAGCUGUUUCAGAAUUAAGAUCCCACAAAGUGAGGAGCAACUGGCCAGGGUUUCCUAGGUUUGUCUUAAAUGGCAGUCAGUACAGCUGUAGUCGUAGAAAAAGGGCAUAAGGAGAAACUAUCCCCCCUCCCCCACCACAUAGGGACUAUUACCCACUUCUGAUCAUUUAUUUCCUUUUUCAGAAUCCUCAGAGUCUUAAUCCUAACUAUAAAACAUAUCAACCAAACAUACUGGUGUGUUGGUAGCAUAUUAUAAAAGGGACACACAGUUUGGAAUCAGAACUUAAAUCUCCACUCCACUGUUUCCAUGUAUUGUGACCCUGGGAACUUGCCAGCAUCUCUGUAUCUGU